CGCAUCUCCCAUGGAAUGUGGCAGCAGGAGGCAACCCCCGCAACCCCAAAGGCAAUUAAGCUUGGGAGUUUUACCCUAAAGGAGGAAGAUGAGUCUGACCCCAUAUCCGUUGGCUCCGUCUUCGCACGCAGAAAGGAGAAGGACGCUUCACCCUCGCCUCUCUCAGGUGCAGCUGCAAUCAGAGCUGCCUCGGCCGCAGCAGCAACAUCAUCAACAGCAACAGGAGGAGGAGGGGGGGGAGUGGGUAGCCCUGGACCAGGGAGCCUAAAAAGAAAAGCCCUGGAAAACCCGCCAGACGUGGGCUUCUACCAGCUAAAGAAGAAGCCUGCACACGAAACAACAGAAAGCAGAAACAAAGAACGUGACAAACAAAAAAUGGAGAGGGAAGGGAGCAGCACAGAGAGGAAAAAUACAUCAGAGAGAAAGGAAGAAAAAGAGAAGAAGAAGAUUAAAGAGAGAGAAAAAGGAGGGGGCGAAAGCAGUAGCAGUAGAAAGAACAGUGACCGAAGAAAGGAGGAAGAGGAAACAGAGAAAGAUGGAGAGGAGGCGAAAAGGGAGACCCACAAGAAGAAGCGAGAAGGAAGCAGAGGGGGAGAUAGUAAGAGGGAGAAGGAGAAUCUCCCAACAACGUCUCAGAAGAACCAUAGGAAGACCGAGCCGUUUGCGUCCCUAAUGAAGGACGUAGUGUUUGUUAUGAGCGGCUACCAGAACCCCCAGAGGUCUAACCUGCGCGACAUGAUGCUGGAUAUGGGGGCGAAGUACAAACAGGAUUGGGAACCCUCUUGCUCGCACCUCAUAUGUGCUUUCACCAACACCUAA